GAGCCCAGAGGCCAGGCAGCAGCAGUGAUAGCGGCAGCAGGGCUCUCCUCUCCCAGACUUGGACAUUGGCUCCUGCUGCGGUUCCUGCUGCUGCUGCUGCCUCCAAGUCCAGGCUCCCUGAACAUCCUGGAAAUGGGUAUGUCUGGCCUCUUUCUGGCCUUGACCUUCCUACUCCUGGCCACCACAAGGCUGCCUGUGAAGGCCUGCAGCUGUGGCCCUCGGCAUCCUCAAGAGGAUUUCUGUGGGUCAGACGUGGUUGUCACGGCCAAAUUCCUGUCAGUCCCCCAGCUCAACCACACCCUCCAUCAUCUGCAGUAUAAAAUCAAGGUUAUCAAGAAGUUCAAAGGCUUUGACGAUGUGGGAGGCAUUACUCUGGUCCCAAAGUUCCUUACCACCCCAGCUGAGGAGAGCCUCUGUGGCUACCAACACAAAGCCCUGUCUAAGAACCAGGAGUAUCUGAUUGCAGCACGCCUACUGGCAGGCCAGCUGUACGUCACCACCUGCAGCUUCGUGAGACCCUGGAGUAGCCUGAGCCCAGCCCAGCAGCUGGGCUUCAACCAGACCUAUGCCACCGGCUGUGGUUGCCAAGUGCAGCACUGCCUGAGUGUCCCCUGCAAUGUGGAGAGUGACACCAGCUGCCUGUGGACAGAUUCACUGAUAUCCUCCGCAGGUGAGGGCUCCCAGAGCCUCCACAUGGCCUGCCUGCCAAGCAAGAGCGACUUUUGCUCCUGGAAAUCCCUGAGCACUGAGGCACCACAGCUGACAAUAUGAGCUGGCCCAGAGCUCCCUUCUCUCCAUCCUUGCCUCCUUCUAAGAAAUCACGGCCAGUAAAAUACGUAGAAACCAGG